AAGGGGAAAGGGAGGGGAGGGGGGAAAGAAAUCUGGGAGCCGAGAGGAGGGGAGGCCACGAAGGCGGAGGGAUCUGCGCAUCAAAGCGAGCAAGUAGAACAAACUUUGAUUCGUGGGCUGGACUUUUCUUCCCAGAGGCGGCACCCAAACAGCAACACCGUGCGGAAACACAAACUUUUUUCUUCUUUCGCUGCUGCUGCUGCUGUUGUUAUUGCUGUUGCUGCUGCUGCUUUCGUGGCCCUUCCACUACCCCACAGUCUGGAUUCCCUUAUCCCUUCCUCCCUCCUUCCCUCUUUCCCUUGAGUGCACAGGGAGGAGGAGGAGUGUGGCAGAGCUCAGGCCACCCGCGGGCCCCGAGGUUUGCAGCGCCGAGGUCGGGAAGGAAAGUUCGCCGGGAGUCGAGCUAGGAGUUGGAGAGAAGUUUGGCUGGCCGCGGCCGGACGCUCCCGGGAUCCCAGUCUUUUCGGUGUGCCUGCCUGCCUCCCCCUUCGGGGGGAGCCUCUCCUGCCCACCUCCACCAUGUCUUCCAUCCUGCCCUUCACUCCCCCGAUCGUGAAGCGCCUCCUGGGCUGGAAGAAAGGCGAGCAGAACGGGCAAGAAGAGAAGUGGUGCGAGAAGGCGGUCAAAAGCCUGGUCAAAAAGCUAAAGAAGACCGGGCAGCUGGAUGAGCUGGAGAAGGCUAUUACUACGCAGAACAUCAACACCAAAUGCAUCACCAUCCCCAGAUCCUUGGAUGGCCGACUGCAAGUGUCUCACCGCAAAGGGCUGCCCCAUGUCAUCUAUUGUCGCCUUUGGCGAUGGCCCGACCUUCACAGCCACCAUGAGCUCCGGGCCAUGGAGAUGUGUGAAUUUGCCUUCAACAUGAAGAAGGAUGAAGUCUGUGUGAAUCCCUAUCAUUACCAGAGAGUAGAGACACCAGUUCUUCCUCCUGUUUUGGUCCCAAGACACACAGAGAUCCCAGCCGAGUUCCCUCCGUUAGAUGACUACAGCCAUUCCAUUCCGGAGAAUACUAACUUCCCUGCAGGGAUCGAACCCCAAAGCAAUUACAUUCCAGAAACCCCACCCCCUGGUUACCUGAGCGAGGAUGGAGAAACCAGUGAUCACCAGAUGAACCACAGCAUGGAUGCAGGUUCUCCAAACUUAUCUCCAAAUCCUAUGUCCCCCGCACACAAUAAUUUGGAUCUGCAGCCUGUCACAUACUGCGAGCCAGCCUUCUGGUGCUCCAUCUCCUACUAUGAACUGAACCAGAGGGUGGGGGAGACUUUCCAUGCCUCUCAGCCUUCCAUGACUGUAGAUGGUUUCACUGACCCAUCCAACUCGGAGCGCUUCUGUCUUGGUUUAUUGUCCAAUGUGAACAGGAAUGCAGCUGUGGAGCUUACCCGCCGGCACAUUGGGAGAGGAGUGCGGCUUUAUUACAUCGGAGGAGAAGUCUUUGCAGAAUGCCUCAGUGACAGUGCCAUUUUUGUCCAGUCCCCCAACUGUAACCAGCGCUACGGCUGGCACCCAGCAACCGUCUGCAAGAUUCCACCAGGAUGCAACCUGAAGAUAUUCAAUAACCAGGAAUUUGCGGCCCUGCUGGCUCAGUCUGUCAACCAGGGCUUUGAGGCUGUUUACCAGCUGACUCGGAUGUGUACCAUUCGAAUGAGCUUUGUUAAAGGCUGGGGAGCUGAAUACAGGAGACAGACUGUGACCAGCACCCCUUGUUGGAUUGAGCUACAUCUGAAUGGUCCUCUCCAGUGGCUGGAUAAGGUCCUCACACAGAUGGGCUCCCCUAGCAUUCGAUGCUCUAGUGUAUCUUAGAGACAUCUAUAAGAAUGGGAAUGGGGAAGGUAGAGGUGCUGGUGGUGGUGGUGGUGGGAGGGGUGGUGAGGGAGGUGGGAAAAUCUAAGACUCCUUAAAAUGGGAAGCUUGUUUGACUGACAACUAUCAAAGAAGAAAAUUUUCUCCUCAACCAAAGUGAUAUUGACACACUUAAAAAAAGUCAACCAGACACAGAGGUAGUUUUUGAAAGUAACCAUCUAAAUCGUCCACUUCUGCAGAUCAAGGUUAGGAAUUUGACUCAUAGCAUGAGGUGCCAUAGAGUCAAUUCAAAGCACAUGUUCAUCAUACUGGUGAAAACAGACUUUGGUUCAGUUGUCUUGAAGCUGGAAAGUGGUAUUUUGCAUCCCCCAUUGCCCCUUUUUCUCCCCCCCCCCUUUCCACUUUCCCUUUGUCCUCCUUCAGUGAUGGCUUUCUGUGGGGGUCACCAUCUGAUUAGAAAUAUCCAUCUGUCUAGGAUGGAAAACAGAAACUUUUCUUUAAAAGGCAUUGCUAGGAGGAAAUGUUGGGUUUGCAGAGGAAAUGGGGACUGUGUUCUGCAGCUUUCUCACCUCUAUCCUCCAAGCAGUUGGCAAGAAAGGACACUUCAGCUGAGCAUUCCCAAGACUCAUCUCUUCAGCAUGCUGUACUGUGGACAGACUACCUUUGACAUCUUAUCUGUCCUCUCUGCAUACUAGCUGAAUGGAGGCAAGCGUAUGCAGUAGAAACAAUGAUACAUGCACCAGGGGGGUGGUGGGGAAAGUUGGUGAGAACUAUUUCCCUCUUCCACAACUCGCCUAAACUUUUUGUUUCUUACUUUAAAAAGUUGGAAAGACCAGUCUAGGUUCUGUGCAUAUGCGAUGUAUAGUUCAUAUUAUCACAUUAAUCUCAAAGAGAUUUGAAUUACUUAACUAUUUACGUGAAGCAAAGGACACAUGUCAUGACUUUUUAAUGUUGCAGUAGUUGUUUUUGACUAGAACAGCACUACACCGAGUGGGCUUUCAGUCAUUUGCAAGAACUCACUCCAUAUCCUGAUGCAUUUGGCCAUUGCUGUUUAAUGUAGUCAGUUGCAUUAAUUAAAUUAACAUUUUAUUGUAUCUUCUUUUAAAUGUUUAUUUUAAAAAAUUUCCUCAGUUAAUAUAAUGACAGGAAAGUCUCUGAGAGGGGAAGGAGGAAGAAGAGGAGAAACUAUAAACUUUUUGCAGCCAUUACUUGUUGGUGAAAUGAUGCUAACUCAACCCUUUUGAAAUUAAUUCGUGGCUGUGAAUUGACCAGACAUCUCUUAGCACCUCAGAUCAAGCAUGGGCAUGUAGAAAAGGCUACUUUGAAAUUUUACACCCAAUAUAAAGGGAUCUAUUGUCUUCUCCCUGUACCAUGAGAUUCUCUAGCUAAAUAUCAUUAGGUGAUCAACAGCAACACUAGCAGUGAGUAUGGAAUUCCACUUGCUGGUAGAAACCUAGUUGAAUAAACUAUGAUAAAUGCUUUCAACUGGAAAAAAAGGAAUCUCUUUUCUUUCUCAGUGACCUUUUGUAGCAUACAGGAGACUGAACUGUCAUCUGCAAUCCAUUCUUUAUUCUUUGCUGUCUGAUUAUUGCCAUCUUAAAUGUCUCAUCCAGGAUUUUUGCAUGGAUUUGUGUCAGGGAAAAAAAAAAAAAAAAAAGGAUUUCCUAUGGAAAUCUUCUUUAUUUAGGCAGGUGAGGGUAUGUGGGUAGGGAAAUCUCUUAAUUCUGCCAAGCAAAAACCUCAAAUGUGCCAUUUUUAAUGUUAGGACUCUAGGGUGCUUUGGAACAGGGUUCAAACAGUGGAUGAGUUCCCAGCUCCAUGUAAGAACUGCAUAAACCCAAAGGACUUAGGAGGUCUAAUGAUAAAGGAGCUUUUAAUAAGAUCCAUGCUUAUCACCUUGAAGUUUUUCCUUAUUGGUGCCCAGAGCAGAAAUAAUCCAGUGACUUCAUUGGAGAGAAUUAGGCACUACAGAGUAUCAGGGUUCAUGCCUGACAAAGAAAGGAGAAAGCCAGCUUUCUGGCCCAUUCAGGAAGCUGCCUAGUUAUCUUCUGUAUGUGCUUUUUGUUUGUGACAUGAGGUUAGCGGCAUGUACAGUUCACUUUCUCGCAGAGCUUCAGUGAUGCCUUUCAAAAGCCAUAUGUAUUUCCUUAAUCUUGGCAAUCUUCAGCUGCUAUUCUGUCCUAGCUGAGAGGUGCCCAGAACUCACUUGUUGCUCUUCUUCCUAUUUGCACAGCUAUUGUCUACUUUCUCGGUUCAUGUAUGCCCUUAGACACAGCUCAGUUAUGGAAAGUGUCCAAAUAAUAAUAUGGGGAGAUAUUUGUAAGAUGUAGUAGAAUCUGAGAGCCAUGGGAUAAUUAGAUUAAUUUUAACCCACAUGGCAACUCCUUCUGAAUAAUACAAAAUCUUUAGGCUUUUUUUUUUUUUUAAAAGAACUCCCCCAAGUUAUUUCCCCUCUUUUUAAGAUUAGACCAUAAGGGGGAAACGUCUCAAAAAUCAAUUUAAUUACAAAAGGUAGGUUGAGAAGCAGUAUCAAUAGGAAUAAAGGAUAUCUUGGGGAUUCUGAUACUUGUAUUCAUUCUUAUUUCAGCUUCUUCAGUUGACAAAAAAGUUUUCCUAAUUUGAAUAUCUAAUGUGUGAGUGACUUCUGCACAUUUUGGAACUUUUUUUUUUUAAAAGAAAAAUUGAUAGAAUUGAGGAAAGAGUACAGUUUGGGGACUGUUAACAAUUGGAUAUAUUGUGUUGCAGUUUUACAUGUAUUUUGUACAGGUAACAUUUUAAAGGAUGGUAUUCCCUUUUUAUAUUCCCAAUAUACAUAUGUCAUGAUUUUGCAAUUUAUAUUGACACUAUGAAAGGAGCAGUAGGUCAUAGACUAUUGUAGUCAGUAUCUCCAAAGAGGUUUCCCCUGUCCCCCAACCUUCACUCCCUCCCCAUCUCUUUUAAGCACAUACAUAUAGGUAGAUGGCCCAGCCUGUUUCAUAUUAUAGGCCUGUACUGAAUUUAUCAUCUCAAUCAGCUGUACUUUUAGCAGGCUUCAUAGGAGAGCAGACUUUUUGCUACAGUUCUUUAAUCAGUAAUAGGUAUUUUGAUCCUCCUUAUAAUAGGAGUUCUGACACACGAGGGCAGGUUUGCUGGCAGACUUUACAGUUGUCCUUGUGUGUAUAUUGUUUUUUUAAUUGAGUUUUAAAAAAUUAUUGUUAAUAAAUUGAAUUGUAGU